AUGGCUUGUUCAGCCAGCUUUAUGGGCCGCCUUGCGCAGUUCCGCUUUGAGCCGGCUUCAGGCUGGCAGUCGGCUGCAACCUUCCUGCUGGUGACAGGGGCGUUGAUUACAACAUGCAAACUGCUCAGCUUUCUCCGCGCUUUGUUUAGUAUUUUCAUUCUACCAGGCCAAAAGCUGACGAAAUUCGGCCCAAAAGGCAGCUGGGCCGUGGUCACUGGCGCUUCCGAAGGAAUCGGUAGAGAAUUCUCUCUCCAACUAGCGCGCGCGGGCUAUAAUAUCCUUCUUAUUUCGCGGAGAGCCUCAAAGCUAACCGCCGUCGCCAAUGAAAUCAAAACUAAAACCCCCACCGCACAAACCAAAAUCCAUACGAUGGAUUUCUCCGCCAAUAACGAUCUCGACUAUGAGAAACUCAAGGCCCUGAUCCAAGACCUCGAUGUCUCCAUUCUCGUCAAUAACGUCGGCCGCAGCCAUAGCAUACCCACCCCCUUCGUCUUAACCCCUCUGGACGAAAUGGAAGAUAUCAUUACCAUCAACUGUCUUGGCACCCUACGUAUCACCCAGCUGGUAGCUCCGGGAAUGAUGCAGCGCAAGCGCGGUUUGAUCCUGACCAUGGCUUCUUUUGCCGGAAUGCUACCCACUCCGUUGCUCGCCACAUACUCCGGCAGCAAGGCGUUCCUGCAAUAUUGGUCGACCGCUUUGGGCUCCGAGCUUGAGCCAUACGGGGUCCAGGUCCAGCUUGUCCAGAGCCACUUGGUGACGUCGGCCAUGUCCAAAAUCCGUCGGGCUAGCGUUACCAUCCCCAAUCCGCGUGACAUGGUUCGCGCUGCUCUCAGCAAAAUUGGUCGUGGAAGCGGGCUCUCAGCGUAUGCAUAUACCUCAGCACCCUACUGGAGUCACGGCCUGAUGGCCUUUGCGCUCACGCAGGUUCUGGGCAAAAUGGGUAAGUUCGUUCUGGGCUAUAAUAAGGCGAUGCAUGAAUCUAUUCGAAAGCGGGCGCUACGGAAGGCGGAGCGGGAAAAGGGAGGAAAAUCUACAUGA